UAAGGAGUCGACGGGUGUUCAUUUUCCUGGUCUAUCUGAGAUAGACGCUAUCAAUAUUCCUCAACGGCAAAACCAUCUAAUUUUUCAUGUAACUUUUUAUAUAUAAAGCUGUUGUAACGGAACGGUUUAUUUCUCAUCAAACAGAUUAGGUAGCAGACCGGAAGCAAUUUUUGUAACAAACGCCUCGCUUGCAAGUUUGUGCACGACUGUGUAUUGAGGCCAAAAAUGUUCAAAAACACAUUCCAGAGCGGAUUUCUUUCUAUUUUAUACAGCAUCGGCAGCAAGCCUCUUCAAAUAUGGGACAAGAAGGUAAGAAAUGGUCAUAUCAAGAGAGUCCCAGAUAAUGACAUACACUCAAAUGUGUUGGAAAUCGAAGGAGCAAACGUAAGCACUACCUACAUAACAUGUCCUGCAGACCCCAAGAAGACGCUUGGCAUCAAACUUCCAUUUUUGGUCAUGAUCAUAAAAAACCUCAAGAAGUAUUUUACCUUUGAAGUCCAGGUGUUGGAUGAUAAAAAUGUUCGGAGACGAUUUCGAGCGAGUAAUUAUCAGAGUACGACCCGAGUGAAGCCGUUUAUCUGCACCAUGCCCAUGAGGCUUGAUGAUGGCUGGAACCAGAUUCAAUUCAACUUGUCAGACUUCACCAGGAGGGCCUAUGGAACCAAUUAUUCCGAGACACUGCGUGUACAGAUUCAUGCGAACUGUCGUAUUAGGAGGGUGUAUUUCUCAGACAGACUGUACUCUGAGGAUGAGCUCCCGGCAGAGUUUAAACUUUAUCUGCCUGUCCAAAAUCAGAAGGCCAAGUAGAUCAUCCUUCCCUGCACCGCUCUCUUAAUGUGAUGUGACGUUUAGUUGUAAUAUUUAUUUUGUGUAGAUGUAACCGAACAUUCAUUGUCUAAUUGUUGACUUUUGACUAUUGUGUUGCUUUCUACACAGUAAUUUUUGUUUUAUGGACCGAUAUGUCCUAAUAAUUUUCAUUUGAUAGCAUUUUUUUUAAAAGAUAAAAAUGUAAUAAAAAGCUGAUAUAAAAGUGCACAUUGAUGUCCGUCUUUUCCAAAAAGGAAUAAAUAUUUUAGAAAUAAACAUCUGGUGAAUGCUUUUAGAAGUUUGAUUUGGGUUGCAUGUUCUUUUGCUUGUGGUGUGAGACAACUGCUUUUAAAUAUUGGGCCAGUCAAAUGGUCUUUUACAUGAAUAAUUUGG